AUGAAGAAGAACGCAAGCUCACGAGAGACGAAAGAAAAACUUUCCGAGCGUUGCCAGCACUACAGCACAGCGACGCCUUGCUCGCGGAAGCGCCGAACGUGGAAUCAUCAUCGUAAGCAGACACCCGAUGCGAAGCAAGUCUGCUUGCUCAAAAGGUUGGAAUCGGCUUCUUGCGUUCGUAGAGGCAAAAAGGUCGCCGGGGAAGCCCCUACAGAUGAUAGGAUGCGGUCCAGGGCACCAACUGACUUUCGAAAGCAGAUGCACAUGAUGACGCUAGUAACGUGCCUCGGCUUGGGAAAAACCGCAACCGAUUUCCAAACGAGAUCAGUCGCGGCGACUCAUACAUUCGCCGUUGAUCAUGCUCCUACCACCGUCGCGCAGUCGCUGUCGAACACGGCGCAAGCCUCGCUGCUUCGGUGA